GAAAGGGACUGAAGGGGGCUAUGGUUUGGUCGCUUGAAAACGACGACUUUAAGGGUCGGUGCAAAGGAGGGAAAUACCCGCUCCUCACAAAAGUCUAUUCAAUGCUCAACGGAGACGAAAAGACUUCAAUGGAAUGCAAAUACGGAGAUCUGUUCCCAACUACUCCCCGGCCAACCACUACCACCACAACCACUACUACAACAACUACGACCACUACGCCGGCCCCCACAACCACGACCAGACCCACGACUACCACCAGACCCACGACUACCACCAGACCCACGACUACCACUAGACCAACGACCACAACCAGACCAACCACUACAACCCCGACACCUGCUCCCACCACACAGGAUCCGGUUGACUUUUGGUGCUCUCGAGAUGGCUAUAUGCCCCACCCCAGUGACCCCCACCAAUAUUACCAGUGCGAAUGGGUGCCGGGAAGUGGCUGGUGGUUACACCAAAUGCAUUGCGCGGCUCAGACACGUUGGAAUCAGUCCCACAAAAAGUGCGACCAUUAUGAGGGAUGGCAGGUCGCCAUUAAAGACUGUAAGCCUAAUACUGUAUGGGAUUCAGAUGCAAAUACAUGUAUAUUAGAUCCGUAUACGAGUGCCCGUCCCAUAACCACAACCACAACUACAGAAGCUAACGGUUCCCCAACAGACAUGCCAUUUGAUGACUGUGAAGAAGAGGGUGCCUUUCCCUACCCGAACGACAGACACAAGUUUGUUAUAACCACAACCACAACUACAGAAGCUAACGGUUCCCCAACAGACAUGCCAUUUGAUGACUGUGAAGAAGAGGGUGCCUUUCCCUACCCGAACGACAGACACAAGUUUGUUGUCUGUAAAAGAUUUAGGAAUGGGACCAAAGAGGGCUGGGAGUUGGAUAUUAGAGAGUGUUAUACCGGCCAUUGGAAUGAUACAGUGAAAUACUGUAUGGAGGACUUACCUAAAAGCACAACUCCUUUACCACCGGUUGUCCCCAAACGUGACCACAACGACUACACUAAGAACCCGCACCCUAUUGUCUGUCACUUCAACAGUUGGUCUCACUAUCACAGAGUAGAUCCCUUUGAUGUCGAGAACAUUGACUAUGACUUAUGCACUCAUAUUAACUAUGGUUUUGCCAAACUUAAUGAAACCACUUAUGAAAUCCAAAUGUUUGAUGACUGGCUGGACGAACGCCUUGAAAAUUAUGAGAGGUUUGUGAACCUAAGGAAGAAGAACCCAAACAUAACGACAAUGAUAUCAAUUGGCGGUUGGAAUGAGGGCUCAGAGAAGUACUCAGAUAUGGUCACCAAUACUGAGAGUAGACAAAAGUUUGUCAAAAGUGUGGUCACAUUUCUGGAUAAAUACAAUUUCGAUGGCAUAAACCUGGACUGGCAAUACCCGGAUAUGGUCACCAAUACUGAGAGUAGACAAAAGUUUGUCAAAAGUGUGGUCACAUUUCUGGAUAAAUACAAUUUCGAUGGCAUAAACCUGGACUGGCAAUACCCGGGUAAUAGAGGUGGUUCGGCUACUGACAAAGAAAAUUAUAUUAAACUAUUGGAAGAAUUUGACGAAGUGUUUGGGACCACCGGACAUCUCUUAACGGUUUCCAUUUCUCCUGAAAAACAUAUCAUUGAUUCAGCAUAUGAUAUGCCAUUACUUGAUAGUCUAGUGGAUUGGGUCAAUAUAAUGACAUACGAUUACCACCGGUUUGAUGGAUACUUGGGACACAACGCACCCAUAUAUAACAGACCCGAUGAGACCGAGGAGUUGUCUGAGGAAUUGAAUAUAGAUUAUAUGACUUCCUCUGUUAACUAUACUAUCAAUUAUUACUUACAACUGGGCCUUAGGAAGGAUAAGAUGGUGAUGGGAGUGCCUUUUUAUGGCAGGGCCUGGACUAUAUUAAGCUCAACUCAGUGUCGUAUUCAUGAUGAGGCCAAAUGUAUGUCACCCGCCGGUCCCAUAUCACAAGAAGAAGGUUUAUUAGGUUAUAAUGAGAUUUGUGAGUUAGUGAUGAAAGAUUACAAGGAAUGGAAAAUAUCUUACGAUCAUUACUAUAUGGCUCCCUAUGGCUGGUCUAAUAACAUGUUCAUUGGAUAUGAGGAUGAAAACAGUAUUGAAUGCAAAAUGACAUUUCUGAAGAGCAUGGGUUUGAGAGGGGCUAUGAUUAUGGCUGUAGAUUACGAUGACUUUUUGAAUCGAUGCACAGGCGGUGAUAACCCUCUCCUCAAAAAAGUGUAUUCAAUGCUUAACGGAAAG